GUUUGACAAUUCGCGUUUCUAUAUUAUAGUCAUGUACUCAAAACUGUUUUUAAAGUUUUUACUUGCAUUGUCGGUAUGUAUUCCUCACCGAUUCAUAUUGGCUAAUAACGAUGCUGUGGUUGAACUGGAAGAGUUAAUCCAAAACACUGGCUGGAAAUCAAUAGAAAAUGUAAAAAUCUUAGACGACGGUAAAGAAAUAACUAUGUUAAAUCUGUUAAAUGCCUCUAAUAGUGAAAUAACUUCUGAAAGCUCUAACGGACAGUUGACAAGACAUUUGGCAAUCAUGCUAAGCUGUGAACAAUCAAAAUUUGUAAGAGAGUACAUUAUUUCAGUUUUAAGCAUUAUAAAAAUAUGCGGAACUCAAGCAUUCGGGAAAAAACUUUCCAUUUGCUUUAAUUCAUUAUUGGGAAGUAUUGAAAAAAUCGAUUUUAUGAUCACACAGAUGUUGAACGUUUUGACGUAUUUCUAUCAGUUGUCCCCUACUAACACCGAUAUUAAACACUUUUAUCACGCUUUGAUGGCUUUGAAACUUUACUCAGAGUAUGAGACAAAUACCUUUACGGAGUCUAGUUUUUUUGAUGAUGAAAGUAAACCAAAUGCAAAUAAUAUCGCUAUGAAAUAUCAAGAAAUUGAACAACUACUUUAUUCCAGCGAUCUUCAAAUACAAAGGUUUACGGCAAUGUACUGCUUGCCAACAAUUGAACCAAUACGACUAAAUGAUAUACCCAUUUAUACCAAGAUAUUGUUUUCUAAUGAAAGUUCUCAUACAAAUGAAAAUUUUAGUAAAGCAACAUCGAAUAUAGUGAAUAAAUUCAAUGAGGAACAUUUUGUUGCACUCGGAUUUGCACAUCUGGAAUUAUAUAAGAUUAAUAACAAGAAUAUCGACUUAGAGCACAUAUAUGAAUUACUUGAUCAACAGCAGCAAGAUGGUCACAAAAUACGAUUACGCUGGUUAGACGAGCCUACAGAGGUAACAACCAUCAUACAAGAAGUCAAAUCUCAGUACAGUACCAAGAAAUUUGCCGCAUUCCAAAAAUUAUCUCUGAAGUCUUUCGCACAGAUGUUUUAUAAACUAUUAUUAGUAACUGUCCAGGCUAUAUUUAAUGAAACAAAAAUCAAAAUUUACGAAGGACACUGUCCGCCGAAUUUUUUUAGCAUGUUAAGAUACAACUGGGUAGAACUUAAAAGCAAUGAUUUCCCGGCUAUUAGAGAGGCUUGUUUAUCUAUUAGAAACUCCAUUUCAAAAGGAGAUUGUCAGGAAACUUUUUACAAUUCUUUGAAAAGGCGUUGGAUGAAUUUUAAGGCUAUAAAACUACCUGCCAUCGCUGCAGCGUGUUUUACGGUUACAGUCUGGUCCACGAUACCAAACGUACCUGAGUAUAAUAAAUGGAUAUCAAUAUUAAUUGAAAGUAUUUACUCUUUCCUUUAUCGACCAUCCAAAGCGAUAGCCAACAGACUGGCGUCAACCAAGAAAGAGUUUUGGGGCCUUUUUAAAAACGAAUUAAAAAGAUUUCUGUCUGUAGAUUGGCCAGCAGAAAUAGCUGAGACUUUGGAAACUCUUACAUUUUACUUCGAAAAUGAGCACAACAAUGUAAAGCCAGAAGAUGUGAUUGGACUUUUGGAAUUAGAAAUGAAAACAGCUAGUGCAGACUUCGCUGACAAUGAAGAGACUCUGAGGGAGAUUGACUCCGACAAACGUUUAGAAAUCCUUAGGGAGUUCACCGAUAAUAUAGUAAAGCUGAAAAAAUCUAUUAAUAAUAUAAACAUUAACAAUGUUUUAUUGUUUAACGCUUCCAAUUUUGAUGAAACUAAAUUAGUAAGACCCUCUAAAGUAUUCGAUGAUGUGGCUCUGCAAAAAGUUUGUAAAUUGUCAACAAGCCUUAUAGAAUUCUUCACUUUACUCAAAAAUGAUUUGGGUUUCUACAACCAACAAGAAAAAAGAUUUUCUAAUUUUAUUUUUAAUCGUAUGUGUUUCGUAACUGAUAAUCUCCAAGAACGAUUAUUAUCGAUAGUGCAUUUUUUGUUAUUAGAGAUGCUUAAAGCACCAAAAACAGAAAACGUGAAUCUUAGAAACGCAAUCGUUUUAAUGUUUAUGUUUGAUACAAAAUUAAUAAAUCCAAUGAAUGAUGACGUAAAUGACGGUUCAUGGAUAGUGGAGCAGCUUAAACAAUUAACUCUGUUAAUAAUAAAUCAAAUUAAUUACUACGUUGUAAACAAUUGUGAUAUACUAGAAUAUAAAAGUAGGAUAAGUGGUCUUCAAAAUGCACAUAGACAAAUUAUUUAUGAUAUCGAUAAUUUAGUACUUGAAAUGAGGGACAUACCGCUGAUCGAUGAUGAAUGUAAGAUUACCAUAAGUUUAGGAUCUUUUGAUGCGCUUGUAGAUGGUAAAAAAGAUGAUCUUAAUCCGCUAAAAUGUAUCGCAGAAUUAAAAUUCCAAUGGGAUGGAGCAUUACAAUUAAUUCAAACUAUUCGAAAAGAAGUCUUAUCCAGUAUAAAUCCAAAAAAGUUUGCUGAGUAUCAAGUUUUGGUUCAAAACAGUGUAACGUCCAUAUUUUUAGGAUACAUCUUGAAUAUUUUACAAGCUGCAGGUCAAAACGAAGUAAAAUUUACCAACCUUCAAAUAGCGUCGAUUUUGGAAAAAUUCGAACAAUUUGAAAGCAUGGUGUAUCCUAAUUUAAAAGUGGAUUCCCCUGAAUACAAUUUUAAUAUCUUUGUUUGGUGUUUCAAGCAAAAUCAAAUUUCCGGAAUUAAGGCGACUAUUUUGAAGUAUAAAAUCGAAAGGAAAAUUGAAUUUUAUGGUAUAAACAUUUCCCAUUACUACAGCGUUUUGAAGUCAAAUAACAUAAUCAGUGACGUACAUGCAAGCGGUGAUGUCAAUAAAAACCUUAUAGCACCGUUAAAAGUAUUUGUGGAACAAUGGGUAGCGAAGUUUGAAAACGAUUUUUACUGCGUCGAGAAUUACAUGAAAUUGAUAAUAUAAAAUAGCUAGUAAAAUCAUGUUAAAAUAUUGU